AUGACGUCAUACGAUCUUGGCUAUUGUAUGACAUUAUUGAAUCCUGUGGUUGGAAAAUACAAACUCAUUCAAAAUUCUCUUUUCAGUCAAAACACAAAGACAAAUCGUUGUUCCACAUCUCCAAUAUUUGGUUUUGCCUAUGAUUUUGUGGCUGAAGAUUACAAGGUUAUAUGUGUACAUUACUUGAUAAACAAAUACUUCAACGUUGUUGAAGUAUACUCGGUUAAAAAUCAAUGUUGGAGAGCAAUUCACAAUACUUUUCCUGUUUCCCCUGAUUCUUAUAACCAGUACCUAUACAGUAAUCAAGUUUCAUUAAACGGUGUCAUUCACAGGAUGUCAUACAACAGGGCAGUUAUAUCUUUCCAUCUAGUAGACGAAAAAUUUACUGUAACAGUAGUGCCAAAAACAUGUGGGAAACAGCCGACAUUACAUGUAUUGGGUGAUGGCGUCUGUGUUUUCACAACGGUUGGCGAGGAAAAUUUGAUUUGGUCGCUGGAGAAAGAUAGGUGGAAUUGUAUCAACAAGUUUCCUACUUUACUCUCACUCAUUGGAAUGCCUAUAUUAUAUUUACCGAUUAGAGGUAUUAAAUACCGCCCAGUAGGUGCCUUCCUAUUUGUUAAGGAGAAUGGGAACAUACUAUGGAGAAGGCAUAAUGGUUCUUUUAUUGAGUAUGAUCUGCGGAAAAAUGAAUAUACUGAGUUUAAGUCUAUACAAGUUCCGCCUUUUGUGGAAAAUAAGGCUUUGUACCGGGAAAGUUUAGUUUCUUUGAAGAUUUCGUGGGAUUGA